AUGGCUUGCCUUGCCGAUUACCCAGCAUUUUGUCGCCAUGAUCUAGAUAAUGAACUUCACGCACCUCAGGCUCGACUUAUCAGUGGAGACUACGCUCUCGUUCCCGUCAAACGAACGCAUCGAUCGUGUUCGGACCGCCCUCUCGCUCACUAUAUUAAUGACGACAAUGCUCUUGAUAUACGCUACCCCUUUCGGCAUCGAUCCAUCCUCGGUGGGGCCUCGGACGAUGCUAUCAUCGACAGACACGGGCCAUUCCUCUCCUCUUCAUACAGCCCUCGAUAUAGGAGUCUACCACACCUGUGUGAUGAUGCAGAUCAUCUCGAAUUGCCCGACCCGAAUUGGCGGCUCCCUUACACUUAUCCACUCCAAGGUAUGGAACCUGGAGGUGUGAGGUGGAGCCCCGAGCAGAUUCAUGCGUAUAACCGGGACGUCCUUCGACAUAACAAUCAAAUCGCGCGAAGAAGAAAUGCUGGCCUAGCGGGCGAGUGCAUGAUGUUGCUCCCAAUGAUGGACUCACUUGGCCGGUUUCCUCCGGGUUUUGAUAGGCCGUUGAGGCUACAAGAAUUUUUCAAUAUGGACGAACCCCUCAUCGACAGCCACCGUCAGCACUACGGCCUUCCCCACCCAGAAAACCUAGAACGUCUCCUGCUCAUCAACUCGGCCGAACGCCAGCUGCUACGCGGGCUCAAGCAGAUCCAGCUCCUCGAACUCUACGGCGCCAGACUCCUGGCCGAACAAUAUGCCGUCCAACUGCUCCAUAUCCAAGAUUUAUUCCCAGGCCUCGGCGCCCCAAGAAGUCUCGGCUACGGCUUGGGACCGGAAUUCGAAGAAACCUAUCUGUCUCCAUGGAGACGCGAACAUGGCGGGUUGGCACCGCUGGAGAUGCUGGGCUACGGGAGUGGGCUUGUGAAUUGGAACCCGGAUGUGCUGGGCCAGAUGAGGGCUGGACGAGGUCUAGGCCCUGAGGGCGUGAGUCCUUGGGGCAGGGCGGGGAUGCAUCCCGGCAUGGGCAUGGGCAUGAGUCGAGGGUACGGGUUUCCUGGUGGUUGGCCUAGUCUCCCAUAUGCUGGUGCUGGUGCUGGUGGGGCUUCGCCGGGAUACGAUCCGAGGAGAAUGGGUAUGAGUGGUGAGCGCAACGGUCUCUCUCCCUUUCUCGAGCGUAUCGCUUGUGAUGGUGGUGGCAGGGCGGGGAGGAAUGGUAGCUUUAAUUGA